AUGAUUGUCUCUAGGCCCAUCAUCACGCUAACCGCCUUGUUAUUCCCUUUCCUCGCAGCGGCAUACCCUGCUACCGGUGGCAAGCAGGACGUUCCCUUCAACAUAACCGUCCAUUCUGUUGAACCACCUUCGCACAAACUCCAAAAGCGAUACAAGAACAAAUCCUGGGACCCGCCAUAUAAAGGAAAACCACCCGCCUGGCCCUCACAAGAGGACGCAGCCUUCCCUAUCCCCAGCUUCGAGCGUACUUGCGUCACCGACGCCCGCGUCGCCCUCUGGAAAUGGCGCUACCUCUGUGACCGCGCGUUCGACGAGUCACUUAAGACGACAAAUCCACGCACCCGGAUCCAGUUCUGCUUUCAUCCCCCUCCCUCCGCGGAACUCUGCUGUGACGUGGAUGGCAACGCCAAAUACGGCCAAACCUGCCUCUCCUCGCCGCUCUGGCCGCAGGACGAACAACAAGCAGCGUGGUGCAGCAACGACUGCCGCCUGUCAUUGGGGCCCUGCAUCUUCGGGGAGUACGCGGAAAUAAACAACCCAGAGAACGUGUGCAAGUGCCAGUUCGAGAAAUGUUAUAUACCAGACGAGUUCAACUGGAUGGGCAUCAAUCCCGAGACGGACGGCAGUGGAUACCCCGGCCUGAAGGUGGAAUCGUAUCUACACGAGGUGAAGACCUGA